AGUGAAUAACGCGCAAACAAUCAAUUUCAAGUUGUCAUGAAUGACCUAAGUAAUGUCGAAUACUUGUCAAGGAUUCUAGAUAAUUGGUCUGCUUCUUCUGGGCAACUACGUCCGACAAAAAGUGACAGGAGUAACACUCUACAAGAAAUUUAUUAUCCCGUCACUUUGGGUAAUAUGACAGAAGAUACUAUGAAUGUGGUGAACAUGUUGAUCAGCAAACGAUUUUAUACAUUUUCACCACCUGCUUUCGGCAGUAUUAAACGGCCCGGUGAUGAUUUUUAUCCAUGGCAAUGUGUACUGGCUGAAGAAGCACCAGUACUUGCAACAACUGUUUAUCGUCAAGCCGUUGAUAAAGCUGAUUUUGAACGUGUAAUAGAUGAAAGUGGUAAACUAUACCAACCUAGAACGACAACUUCAGUCAGGCGUUAUCAUCCAAAAGAUAACCCACCAACAAGUUUAGGAUAUUUAAAGACAUCAGUCAAACAAUUAUUAGAAAAUCUAAAUCCCAGUUCGAAAUCUUCGUUGAAUUAUCAUAGUUUAUUUAUUUCCCCAGUACAUCAAAAUCUAUUGGAAGCGCGCUUGAAACGUCUAAAAUUAGAAGAGAAAAUGCUAAUGCAAGCAGAGAAACUAGACAUGUUGGAAAGAAUAAGAAAACCACUACCUAGAUGAGAAAUUGCUGUUAUUUUGACGGUGAUAUUCGCAACUUUUUAUGUGACUGACUUGUCUUGCAGAGCACAAAGUUACUAUCAAACAUAAAUUACUCAUUACCAGGUUUUCAACAAUUUAUCAGAGUAAUAAUUUCAUUCAAAUUGUCCAGAGAGUUAAGAAUAUUUUGCAUCUAACCUCAAAAAUGAGACUACUGAAAAUUCGAUGAGCAAAUUACGUAAACAUUUAAGGACCACCGAUUACAACAAUCAAAUACUUUUGUACAUUUAAUACACUGAGUUGUUAACAUCCAAUCGUUAACAAGUUCACACCUAACCUUCAGGUACAUUGUUACUAGAAGAGAGUACAUAUACGUUUGUGUGUUUAUAUGGUCAUGACAAAUCAGUUAGGAGGCACGAAAAUGAAAAAAAAACAUUAAAUCUAGCACACAGGGAUGCGGUUAUUGGAUUGCUAUGUUUUAAUCGAUUACAAAUUUACCUAGUCUGCAACGGAACAAAGACUCUAGGACCAACGACCAGUAAGCUAGUUAUUCAGAUGCUUCCCAGCCCUGGUAACUAGAGAUAUAACACCACCAACAUGGGUGAAUACAGAAACACACGAAAGUUAGUUUAAACCAUAUCAAUUAAUAAUGUUAAACUGUAAAUCAGAAUUGGAAAUCUUACCUGUCUAGUGAUUUUCAUGUCUUACUCCACAAAAUUUCCG